UUCGGUACUGAACUAUAAAAUUUAGUAUUUCGGGAUCGGUAUUCGGUAUUUACAAUUAUACCGUUCGGUAAUUCGGUAAAUACCGAAUACCGAAAUUAAUAAGUCCACUAGUGAGUAGUCCAGCCCAAAUCCUAAAUAAUGGCCCAUUGUAAAAACAUUCAAGUGCAGUAGUCCAGCCCAAAUCCAAUAAAAGUCCCAUUGUUAAAACUGUAAAUCCCUAAUGAUCAGUUCACUUCACAGCUUCACGCCUUCACCUUCACUCCUUCAGUGCUUCACACAAAAUCUCCCCAAAUCUGAUAAUCACUAAUCACGGUAUCACCUCAGCUCCAACUGCGAAGUGCGAAGUCUCUUUUCUCACAUUAGGUUUUUCUCAUUCCUUCCUCAAGGAGAAAACAAUGCUUCAUUGCUGGUUCAUUUUAGGUAAAUUUAUUGAACGGUUGAGUCAUGAGUAGUUGUGUGAAGCCAAAAGAACAGACGGAGGCCAAUCCAGUUGUGCUUCUCCAUGGUUUUGAUAGCUCACGUUUAGAGUGGAGGUACACAUUUCCGAUGCUUGAGGAGGCUGGAUUAGAGACAUGGGCAGUUGAUAUCUUAGGAUGGGAUUUCUCUGAUGUAGCUUCCAAGCGUGAUCAUCUUUACCAGGGAACAAUCAGCAAUUUUCACAGGAGCAGUUCAGUCAAUUGGUUCAUCUUUUGCAACAUGUUAAAGCUAGCCAAUCAGGUCCUACAAGCUCAGAUGCAGAAGCUGUUGCCAACAGUGUAGUGUGCUCUGGCCCCUUCCAUGAAGAGGCCUCAGGUUCUUGGUGAAUGUCAUGGAGGUCUCUAUCUACUCAAAUCUGCCAGCACUAAGUCCAGCCAUCAACAACAUAGUCUUCUUAGUUUUCCAAGUUUCAAGAAAAAUAAUGUUGUUCCUACUUUUAAUUCUGUUAUUCCAGUUCCUAAGAAAGAUGUUAGUUUACCUUUUUCCAAUUCAGUAGUAGCUAAUCAAGUUGAUGUAACUCUAUGGCACAAGAGAUUAGGCCACUUACCCUAUUCAUCAAUGAAAAA